AUGGCUACAACGCUAGACCGAAAAAGACGAAUUGGGCGUUUGGGGCGGGCUAACCAUCAUUUUCUCUUCUCGACAUUUUCGAAUCAGUUCGCUUCCAAUUUCUUUCUGAUGAGCUACACAACAAGUCCUUCGUGCUCUUCGGGUUCUUCACAAAGUGAUGAUGAGACGUGCCGCCAACCGCUCACCGCAACGCAAAUCCUUGCAAUCGCGAUCCAGAAGCGACGAGCACUCUUCAACUCAAAGGAACGCGACUACCGGCGGGAAUUGAUGCACACAACCGUCAUCCAAACCCUCUGUAAGCACUUGGGUGAGGGGCGGGCAAAGCGGCGCCGCCGUGCCAAGAAACGCUCCUUGGUGGGCCAUGAUGAGGCCACUGAAACGAAAAAAAGUUGUCUUCAUCCUUCAAUUCAGAGUGUUGAACAGAAAUUCGACGCUCCCAGUGCUGCGUUGGCUGACGAGGACAGAGACCCCUUUGGACUCGAUCAAUUCUUUGCCAACAUCUACGACAAUCGGAAUAAACAGAAAGGUUGUGCGGUGCUUCAACGUUUUGGGCCAGACUGGUCGCACUCGUUUUUGUUAAAUGUUGACUCUGCC